UCUCUCUCUCUCUCUCUCUCUCUCUCUCUCUCUCUCUCUCUCUCUCUAUUUCAUACAUUAUCUUUCUCUUUUCAUGGCUGGUGAUCUUGGAAAAAUGUGGGUAGUGGGCCUCUUCUUCUUUGUAAUGAAUGUGCCGUAUGUGAUCCUGGCCGCACCACAAGUCCCAUGCUUCUUCAGUUUCGGUGACUCUCUGAUAGAUAACGGCAACAACAACCGAAUAACUUCAUUGGCUAGAGCCAAUUACAUGCCAUAUGGGAUCGACUUCCCUGGUGGUCCCACUGGAAGAUUUUGCAAUGGUCGCACUUCAACUGAUGUUAUCACUCAGCUCUUAGGUUUUGAUAAUUUCAUUCCACCUUAUUCAAAUGCAAGUGGGCGACAGCUUCUUACUGGUGUAAAUUACGCAUCAGCGGCAGCUGGCAUACGAGAUGAAACCGGGCAACAAUUGGGCGGUCGUGUUAGUAUGAAUGGGCAGCUACAGAAUUAUCAGGCCACGGUCCGACAAGUAGUGAAUAUUUUGGGCAAUGAAAGCAGCGCGGCAGAUUACCUAAGCAAGUGUAUUUAUUCUGUCGCAAUGGGCAGUAAUGAUUAUCUUAACAACUAUUUCAUGCCGGCAUUUUACUCAUCAAGCCGGCAAUACACACCAGAACAAUACGCCAAUGUUCUCGUACAACAAUUUACACAGCAAUUAAGGACUCUAUACAAUUACGGGGCGAGGAAAGUGGCUGUUAUAGGGGUGGGACAGGUCGGCUGCUCCCCUAGCGAAUUAGCCAUGUUUAGCCCUAAUGGCACAACAUGCGUCACCAGAAUAAAUAAUGCGAUUGAGUUAUUCAAUGACAAGGUUCAAGCACUCGUUGACAAUUUCAACAACAACCUGGCCGGUGCUAAAUUUACUUACGUGAAUGUGUAUGGGAUUUUCGACGACAUCUUGAAGCGCGCUUCAUCAUACGGUUUUACUGUUACAAAUACUGGAUGCUGUGGGGUGGGAAGGAACAACGGUCAGAUUACGUGUCUUCCGCUUCAAACUCCAUGCAGAAAUAGGAAGCAGUAUGUAUUUUGGGAUGCAUUCCAUCCGACGGAGGCCGUGAAUGUGAUCAUUGGUGGCAGAUCUUACCGUGCACAAUCUUCUUCGGACGCUCACCCGAUCGACAUUCAGCGCCUCGCUCAGCUCUGAAGAUGGAGAUGAUGAUGUUGGCAAUGGAAGUUGUGCUUGAUUACAAUCUUCAUUAGGUUUAUGCUAAUAUAGAUAUUCUAAUAAAUGUGACUUUGUCAUGAACGAAGAAUGUAAUACGAUCAAUUUCUCAUAAGCUGUUGUCCCCGUAUAGCAAUGUUGGUCCACUUAUCAGGUGGGCCACGUGCAUAUUGAAUACAUGAUAUUGGUGUCUUUUUAUUCAAA